AUUAAAAUUGCAGUCAAGUUGAAGCAAAUCCGAGCAAUUUCGAGCAAAAAUUUAGACCAAAAACCCCAAGAAAUUCGAACCCUUAAACCCAGAAAAAUUGAUUGUUUCCGACCAAAAAUUCCCCAUUUCGAGCAAAAAAUCAACUCAAACGCGUUUCGGAAUGAUAGGUUUGAUCCUCAGUCGUAUGUUCAGUCCAAAUGCUCUCUUAAUGAGAAGGUGCCAUUGCUGGCCCAAUCAAACCCUAGCGGUGCAAAGAGACUACCGCCAGGGAUAGUUGCUUCUAAGUCAGAUCUCUAUCUCCGUAGACUAUGGGGUCUUCCUAGUGAGGAUCUGAAAACCAAGCCUAAGUAUCUAGUGACCUUCACAGUUGGCUUAGAUAUGAAAGAAAAUAUUGACAAAGCAGUUAAAAAGUUCUCAGACAACUUCACUAUUCUGCUCUUCCAUUACGAUGGUAAGACGACUGAGUGGGAUCAGUUUGAGUGGUCAAAACGUGCUAUCCAUGUCAGUGCUCGAAAACAGACGAAAUGGUGGUAUGCAAAACAAUUUCUACAUCCUGACAUUGUGGCACCAUAUGAUUACAUAUUUAUCUGGGACGAAGAUUUGGGAGUGGAUAAUUUUGAUUCUGAAAAAUACGUUAAUUUGGUUAAGAAACAUGGUUUGGAAAUUUCACAGCCUGGUGUGGAUCCUAAUAGUCCGUUUACAUGGCAGAUGACAAGGAAAAGACAUGACAGUGAAGUUCACAAGUAAUAACUACUAAUGAUGUAUAAUUUAUGCCCAGUUAUCUUCCUUUGCAACAGAAGCAGGAUGAUGAGUAUAAUGUCUAUGAUAUUGAGAUGUAAUUUAUUGGACAGGUUGUUAAUAUAAUGUCGUCAUUCCCAAUUUUAUGGGUAGGCCAAAUUACAAAGGAGACUCUGCCGAAAUUUACAUUUGCAUUAUUCAAUAAUAUUGCAUUUUAAUUUCAAUUAUA